AUGUCAACAGUUACGACCAAUCCAGCUUCCACUUCUAGGAGUGGCACAAGCAAGGUCCGGUUCAUACCUCUCACAUAUAAUCCCGCCGAAUCACAAACAUCCGCUCUCCGCCUCAUCCUCACCCUCCGGCCAGAAUGGGAAGAUAGCAAAGUUGAGUUCGUCAGAUUCACAGAUGGCAUUACAAACACAUUAUUAAAGAUUGUGAACAAGAAAGAUGGCAUGUCGGACGAGGAAAUAGAUGCCGAGGCAGUCUUGUUGAGAGCGUAUGGACAGGGUACAGAUCUGAUCAUCGACCGAGAGAGAGAAACACAAAACCAUGAACUCCUCAUGCAACACAACCUCGCACCAGAACUGCUAGCUCGAUUCCACAAUGGGAUGCUCUACCGUUUCAUUCGUGGAUCGGUCACAUCUCCAGCAGAUUUGAGGAGGGAGGAGAUCUGGCGAGCGGUUGCGAAGCGUUUGGCAGAAUGGCAUGCAGUUGUACCCUGUAUUUCCACGCCGCGAAAGCCACUGUCGGAGGAAAUAGAUGGCAGUGAGAAGUUUGAUAUGGCAGCACCAACACCAAGCAAGAAGGAUCCAGCCUUACAAGUAGCGAUUGACAAUGUUGCACCAGGAAAGCCUGCUCCCAACGUGUGGACUGUGAUGCAGAAAUGGAUUUAUGCUCUUCCAACGAGCACAGAUGCCGAGAAGACCCGGCAAGCAAGUCUUCAGAAGGAGUUGACUCGUUUGGUUGCAGAAUUCAGCAACCGACCGGGUCUGGGAGAGAAUAGCCAAGUGUUUGCUCACUGUGACCUGCUAAGUGGUAAUGUGAUCAUACAACCACAGAGUGCAACGACAGCCCCAAACGCGCCAAACACAGUCAGCUUCAUUGACUACGAAUACGCUACCCCUUCACCAGCAGCUUUCGACAUCGCGAACCACUUUGCUGAGUGGGGUGGAUUCGACUGUGAGCACGACCUGCUUCCUACCAAGUCGCAGCGUAAAGACUUCAUACGUGAAUAUAUCCGCAGCUAUUAUGAGCACCUAGAUGAAGAUAAGUCCGAGGAUGAACUGUACGCCGAGAUUGCCCGUCUUAAUGCGGAGGUGGACAUCUUCCGAGGAAUUCCAGGCUUCUACUGGGGAAUCUGGGCACUGAUCCAAGCUGUCAUCUCUCAGAUUGACUUUGACUAUGCAUCUUAUGCUGAAAUCAGACUAGGUGAGUACUGGGGCUGGCGGGAGGAGAGCGACGGCACUCGCCAAUCAUCUGGAAAGGAGAUGACGGUUCGUGAGAAGCGAUGGGCGGAGGAGUAG